AUGGAUUUCUUACUUGUAGACGAUGUAAGUAGCAAUGAAGCUGACGAUUUAAAUUCCUCUGACUCAGAAGAAAAUUUUUCAUCGGAAGAAAUAUCGGAAUCAGAAGAAGAGUGUGAUUCAGAAGAAAACGAAUGCGCUGAGAAGGACUCAUUAACAACGGAAAUGGAGGAAGAACUAAGAAAAACACUCCCUGCGCAUGUUCGCUGUGCGAGUCACACAUUGAAUCUCGUUGCGACCACUGAUGCAAUGGCAUGUAUUAAAUCCUCCAAAUCUCUAGAAGCAGGUUAUAUGAGAAUGAUCGACCGUUGCACUUCAUUAUGGAAAAUGUUAUCUGCUCCGAAAUCGAAUGAAAAUGUCAAGGUCAUUCUUGGGAAAAGUCUUAAAAAGCCUCUCCCUACUAGAUGGAACUCUCUCUAUGAUGCACUCAUUCAAAUAUUUGGUUUAAAGGAAAAAAUUUUAAGCAAUGUUUCAACGCUGGGUAUGAACAAGCCACUGGAAGAGGCAGACUUUAGAUUCAUAGAAGAGUACUGUCGUUGUCACCAACCUAUCGCUCAAGCUAUUGAUGUCAUACAAGUUGAUCAAACUGCAUCGUACGGAUAUUUGCUGCCUACACUAAUAAUAACUCGAAAAAAAUUGUUGGCUUGCAAAGAUUUGAGAUUUCAAUAUUGCCAAAAAUUGAUUUCUGGUUUAAUUGCGGCUAUAGAGAAGCGUUUCAAAAAUGUUUUUAAUGUAGUAGAUGAAGGUAAAACAGCUGCUGUAGCUGCAGCUUCUCAUCCCAUGUUCAAGUUCAGAUGGUUAUCUUCUCUAAGUAAAGAAGCUCAAGAAAACGUUAUGAAAGCGAUACAGGAUGCAAUCGUGAGCCUCCCUGACAAUCCUGUUAAUGAGCCUGAAUUGCAGACAGUAGCAAUGGACGACUUUUUUAAUUUUGAUGAUCAACCUUUCAUUACUACACCAAGUUCUUCUCCUUCAUCAAAUUCUUCUGCAACAACCAGUUCUUCUGGGCCAUUCGGGUCGACUAUUGAAGAA